CACGUGCGACCGAUCGCGCAUUUACGCGGAGAACGUGAACGCGCGUGUAUCGUUCCGUCUUUGGUUUAUACGAAAGUCGACUUUACCGAUCGAAGGUCAGGUCAUCCGUGUUUGGCGGCGAGCUUACGGCGAAGAGCUUGCUUUCGUGUAACCUAUUGGUGGCCCGAUACGUUCAUAGGUGUACGGGUGUUGGCUAUCGAUCCCGCUGUCCCGAUUUCCUGCAUGUUCAUUGGCGCCUUGGUUGCGAACAGUGCAUCGUAUGGUACAGUGCGGGUUCCGUUCGAUCAGUGCUGUGGCCUUUCUGUUACGCUCAAGAUAUUUGUGUAAUUUUACUCGUUCCAUCGGGGUGAUUUUUCCUUGUACCAACGGGAAUUCGCGGUUCUCCAGCUUUUCUUCGAAAGUGUCGGUCUGCCGGUAUCCUUGGAAGACAAUGAAUCCUCGAGGAGAGAUCGUGUCCGUAUUCUUCUGAUAUUCUUUAUCCUCCAUGGGCAGACUAUACGGCAAUUCAUUGACUGGCAACGGCACGACACUAGGAACGAUCGAGCAAGCUUAGGAUCAUGGAAUUCUACGACGUGGGAAGCAGCGAUCUCAGGGAACUGUGGGAGUCCUAUCUCUCCGAACCGGGCCUCGGCCAGGAUGUUCUCAUGGGAGCCAAAGAGGAAGAAUGGGGCAACGCGUUAAACGUGCGAGAUAAAUCCUCGCUGGGAGUUGUGUUAAGGGAUCGUUUGAUGACGGAUGCCGCCCUCGGAGGUCCACGACCGAUCAAGUCCGAGCACAAUUAUAGUUUGUUGGCGUCGAGUCCUCCUCCAAGCCCCGCGACACCCGGUGCCAACCCCCAUACACCUAAUUCCGGAUCGUCCGCCGAUAGGGUUGGCGCUUCUCUUUCCACCACUAGUUCCUCCAUCGAUUCUACUAAUCUGGAUCAUCAUAAAUCGUUGGACAUUCGAAGCAGAAUCGAUGAUAUGGAAGAGGAGUGUUUCCCGGCGAUCUCAAUGAAUACCGCGUCGGGACGCGACGAGCUGCCUUCGUCGUCGUCCACGUCGUCUACCUCAACGAUUAUCCUAAAGAGAAGAAACAAUGUAGUACCUGAAGACGUGGAGUGUACAGAGAUCAAAGGUGAACCGAUCAGCGCGCCUAGCAGUCCUUCCGAGUCUUGUCAAACGUCUAUAACCGACGACAAAAACACGAUAACCAUGGUGUUUCCUCAGAGUCUCCAUUUUUCGAAGAACCACAUGUCGCAGACCAGCGAUAGCGAGGAGGAUGACGAGGAAUAUUAUCAGGGUAUGGAGGUAGAAGAGUACAACGGGGAGGCGAACGAUGAGAAACAGGCGGAUCUACGCGCGUCCAGGCAGGGCCUACCGCCAACGCCGCCGAGCAGCGCCAGCUCCGACAGCGAGGGCACCGCUUCCGCUUCCUGUUCGCCGGAACGCCGAGAUUCCCAGAGCUCCGCGCACGCACAGAAUCUCAGAGGCCUGCUCACGCCCAGACUUUACAUCACAAACGGCACGCACACCACCAGACAGCCGAUACACACACCCUUGAUUUCCUGUCAACCGAAAGGGUCGACGGGUGUGUUAACGUUGACCGAAGAGGAAAAGCGGACAUUGAUCGCGGAGGGAUAUCCAGUGCCUACGAAACUGCCUCUGACGAAACAAGAAGAGAAGUCCCUGAAGAAAGUCCGUAGGAAAAUUAAGAACAAGAUAUCAGCCCAGGAGUCGCGACGGAAGAAAAAGGAGUACAUGGACGGUCUAGAAAGACGCGUGACGAUGCUCACGAACGAGAACUCCUCCUACCGGGACCGACUAACAGCCUUAGAAGACACGAAUCGCGAACUACUGAAAGAGCUUCAACGUCUCCAAGCCCUUCUUCAACUACAAAACUCGUAGGCGCAACGUUUCGAAAUCACGUUGAACGUUAAACUACAAACCGACGAUUUGACUUAUUAUCAAGAAGACAUUAUAAUCGCGGUCAUAAUGGUCGGAAAGGCGAUUUCGCGAAGACUGGUGGCCAGAUAAAGGGCCUUAGAACGUGUUCCUGAUCGUCGAAUCACAAGUGUUUUAUUUUUAUCUUCUAUGUAGUUUCCUUCGAUCCUUGGACAAUUUGUAAUUUUCUUCGAUUAUAAAAGGGAGAGAAGAAAACUUACGUUUCCUCGAUGGAUAUCUUUCAACGAAUGAUCCAUCGAGUUUUUACGGGAUCAAACGUUCUUGCGGACUAUUUCCCAAACAGACCAUUUUCCAAGGGAACAGUGCAAUUUCCUUUACAUUCCUGUGUAAAGUCUUCCUCGUGUAGCGGAUCGAGCGUCAGUCGAGUAGAACGAUUCGCGAUGAAAAUAUAUUCCUUGGAUACGCCUCGUCUUCCUGUUUUCCGUGGACAGGAGUCGGCGGAGGGUGCAAUUCUGCCGGGAGUGCCUUGAUUCGCUUAUCUUUCUUCCAUCGCGAACGACGAAUCGAAAACGAAUUUUAUUCUCCUUUCUCUUCUAUCAAAAGUGUUUCGUUACGUUUCUGUUAUUGUAUCGCACCUAAUGAAUCGAAUUCAUCGAAUUGUAACAUAUUGCGUAGAAAGCAUGUGGAGAAAGGCCGAUCGCUAUACGAUCUAAAUGUGUAAUACAUCGAGAGCUUGAAAUUCGAGUCAAAAAUCGUAAAGUUCACGCUCUAAAGUCACUAUAGAGAAGUUAUUCUACGUGUAAAAAUGAAUCGGGAAAGCAAGAAUAAAGGUUUUUCGUUAGAAUCUUCGUUGUUGAGAAAAUCGUAUUUGAAAAUUGAAGCGAGAUAUACGUGCGUUUAGUUGACUCUCGACAGGGCACGUGUCUAUCGACGAUUUUUUAGAAAACGAGACUUUAAAGGAAGAAUAUUAUUUUACAUUUUCGACUUAUUUUUACACGCAGACCCCAACCUUCAGAGCAAUGAUACCAUCUUCUUUCAAUUUAGAGUGAACUGAACAUACACAUAUCCGACCUAUUUUCAAACUCGAUUAUCUCGAAGAUGAAAUGUUAAAUAAAAAAGAUUUAUUCUUUAUUUUUAAUUUAGUUUUGCUUAUACAAUAACCUUCUGCCACCUAUUUUGGAACAUUCGGUACAUAUAACGUUCGUUUCACACUUUAUCUCGGAAAGUUGACUGUAGCAGAAGCGGUGUCUAAUUUACCUCGGAAAUUGAAAUCAAAAUGUAAAGAAUAAAUUUCUCAAAAUUGAUCGUAUUUCAGUUUCCUUAAAGAAGAAUACAUUUCUAAAGGAUAGCGACUCGUAUAACUUAUUCCACAAAGUUCGAUAAAGCGUACGGAGAGAGUUUUGAUUCAAACGAAAUUUCAACAAACGUUCAAAAGACGCGCGAAAUUUAAUUAAACGACAAGGAUUAACCCUCCAAAGGCAGACGUAUAUUAUAUUUUUCCACACUCCGUGGUUACGCUGGGUCAUUUCCAUCCAAGAUAAAUAUCCUUAGUAUUCUGGACUUUCAAAAACGUAAAAAAUGCCUAGGAUACUUAUCGAUGUCUUCGUUGUAUAAUAAAGUCAUUUAUCAAGUCAAAUAUUUAAAAUUUCUAUCGAUAAAAAUCAAAAUUUCGCUUGGAUGAGUAACGACCCAGUUUAAUUACGAAGAGUUAAACUCGUAGGGAGACAUUUAGCGAUAGAUAAGCGUUCGCGCAGACUAUUAAAGUAUUUAGAAGCGUAAGUGCAUUUUCAAUCGAGUGUCGAUUGAUAUUUGUGUUCGCUUAACAGCGAUGAUGACUCUUCGAUUUUCGUCCAAAUAAUAUAAUAAAAUUAGGAAACGAAUAUAGAGAACGAAGAAUAGUUAAAAUAUAAUAUUAAGACGACAUACAAUUAAAAUUGACGAUAAAUGUCCAACGUGUUAACUAUAUAAAUUAUAUGGAUAAUGAGUGAUUAUAAUUAAUGUGGUAUUUUAUCUAGAAUGAAUACGAGAUGAUCGUGUACGUCUAUUUUCUUCAGAGAAAAUUUGUUAGAUUGAUAUAUAUAUAUAUAUAUUUAGGAAUUUAUUUAUAGAUUAGGAUCCAUUCACGCGAGAUAUAGAUUUGUAUAUUAUAUUUGUAAAAGAAGACGUUUAUUUAACCAUCUGUACGUUGUUGAGAUGGUUCGCACCAUUGUGGUUUUAAGAAGAACGUGUGCAAUGAUGUUGACUUUGAUUAUUUCUUCAAAGAACGCGCCACAGUAUAUAGAUGUAAUUUUUUCGUAGUUCUGUUAUACCAUGAUACUAUAUUGCGUGCGGUGUGAUUCGUAGUACGAUAAUGGAAGAUAAUUUUUCGCAUUGCAAACAGUUGAGAAACUACAGCGAAAAAUGGAAAAUGAAAUUCGAAUCUUUUCCUCUAGAAACAGAUAUUUUUCGAGAAGAAUUGUAUUUUAGACGUAAUAAGCAGGGUUUUUCUCUUUCCUGUUUUUUGAACUCCUUCGAGAUUCUUAAAAUUCUCGCGUUCUUUAUCGAAAAAGUUUAAUUCAAGAAAAAAUAAGAAAGUAAAAACAGAGAAUAGUCGAAGAAUGUUUUCUGCGAAAAAAAUAUUUUCUGUGUAAGAAGUGUUUCUAUAAAAAGACAAACACUCGGUAUCGAAAAUAUAACUUCUCGACAAAAAUAAAUUUCUCGAGAGAUUUGCAAUUUAGGAGAUAACAAUGGUUUACAAAUACACGCACAAAGAAUCGUAUAAAACUUAAUUCUUCGAAAAAUAUCUAAGAAAUCUAAUCUUCGAUUUUAACAAAAAGUCGGUAAUCCGUUAACUUUAUAACGAAUCACGCCCCACUUUGCAUAUUCUAUGCUCGCACUGAUCACAUGUAUCGUCGAAUUUCAAAAGCGACAAAUUUUCAUUGUCCAAUGGGUACAAAUAUCACCGAUAAUGUUCACGAUCGUGUGAAUUAGAGUUAAAGGAAGGGUCGACGAAUGGUUCUAAGAGAAAACUUGUCUCGAACACGAGCGCUGCCAUUGAUUACUAUAACGAUCUUCGAAAAUACGAUACUUUCGUCACGCGAAGUCUUGCUGAUACAGUUAAGCACGAGAAGAAGAAAUUCUCCAAACGAUUGCAUCUUCUUGAAUUUUAAAAUACAUAGGAAUUUUAUUAACGCAUCAAGUGCCAUGAUAGUUAAAAAUAUUAUUAUAUCACAAAAUUAUGUGAAAACUAUAACAGAACUUUGAUUAUCGGAACAUCUAGAUGGAACAUUCUGCUUUUCUUCAAAUUUUGCUGUAAUAUCUCUGCGAAGUUUUCCAACCAUCUAACAUAUCGCACUGUGUUAUGUGACGUGCAUAACGCACGUAAAAGUCAGCGUGUGUAUUAUCGAUAAGAAGUAAAAGAAGAAACGAAUGUCGGAGUAUGUUUUUGAAAAAAAAAAACGAUUUUAUUUGAAGUGGAGGACCGCUUGAGAAAUUCUGGGAAAUGAUAGAACGGUUCUUGUCUGUUUUACUUGGCUAUUUAAAGCUCGAAGCCGAACGAGCUUCGGCGUCUGGAACAUCUAUUUUUAUGCAGAAUUCGCUGGGUCAUUUAAACAAUAACAAAUGUGUUAGGCUCAGAUUACGGCUCUACAAUUUGGAAGCUCUAUCUUUUAUUUCAAACAGGUUGUCCGAAAGAUUGAUUAUGAGAUAGAUUGAAUAAACUAUUUGGUAACUUAUCGUAACGCGAUAAUUGUUAUCACGUGUCGAGGUAAACUCGAAGGAUUUAUUUUAUUAAAUAUUCUUUUGCCAAAAGUCAUAUUUCUCUGUGAUAAUAACAAUCGACAUUCUGUUUUUCUUUUUAAUUCAGAAUUUUUAUAUUCUAUAUAGAGUACCUUUAACGAUACAAUUAAUUUAAAUACACGUUAGCUUUUUGUAUAAAGAAUUAAUCGCAAACUUUUAAACAAGUUACCAAAUUUUUCAAUCCGUCUCGACAAAGAAAAUAUCUCUGCCAUAAGUCUGCUAAUUUAAUCGCAAGAAAAAUAGGGUUUCAAAAAUCACUGUUUUAUUUAAAAAAAUUAAAGGAGAAUAAAAAUCAGAAAGGGACGAUCUUUCCUAUUUGCGGAAAACCUGAUUAAUCGAUCAAAGGGUAGGAUAAAUUUUAACUGACAUGGCAUCAAACGUGUUAAUAAAUAUCAAAAAUGGUCGAAGAACGUUUAACAGAAUAAUUCAAGGCUUCGGUAUAUGGAAUUUCGAUGGCGCGUCUCCGAUUUCUUCAUCGAACACAUUUUCGAUCACGAUCGAGGCUCCUCGCGCGAUUUUGCGAUCUCAUCGUUCGCGAUCACGUGUCGCGGAAAAUUUUCCUAAUGGCUUAGAUCCAGGCUUCCAACCAAUCGAAGUUCGCGAGAACUUCGAUCAACUUGACUAGCCGUCAUAAGCCCACGGAACAGGGAAUUUUAAACACGAUCCAUAUUUUAAGCGGAUAUUGAAAGCCGAGAUCUAGGGAAGCUGCCAAUUUCCAAUUUUUCAAAUCCUAAACAUUGAAAUUUGCAAAUUUUCAUCUUUUCGAAACUUUGAACGUCUCGAUUUCUCUCAACUUUAUUCCUCUACUUCCGAAACUUCGAGUUUCUCGAAUCUACGAAAAUUUAAUCGACGAUAAAUUUAUUUGCAACUUAGGCUCCCGGAAUAAUAAGUGAUAUAGUUGUUGAACAACAACGAAGAUCCGUGAAAAAAGUUAUCGGAUUAACGUGAUCUCUAUUGGAACUCGAGAAAACUAUCGUAGCAAAGAUACGCGUAAAACUCACAAGAGAUUGAAAAAGAAAUUAAUGAGUUUACCAAACAGUGUCACGUGUGUUUAUAGUACGCUAGGAGAAAAAAAAAUACGAGAAAGACACGCACACUCGUGUGUUACGUACUCACGGUAAAAAAAAGCGGCAAGACGUGUAAAAAAGGCAGGCUAACUCGGCGUCUAUCAAUUACUUACGCCUGACUGAGCAUAUCCGCAAACGUGAAUCCUAUUGACUUUAAAGAUCGAUGUGCCUCUAACGUUCUUAAAGGGGAUACUGUUUUUCGCGCUUUCAGUUGUUGACCCUAUCGAUGGUACGAGAUUGUGGCGUGACACCUGUACUUAUGGGGUAAUAUCGAUGCAUUAAAGAUUAAAGCUGAGAGUUGGAUACCUAUGGGCGUUUGUUACAUUAAGUAGCGGGUGUUGGUCGCGAUGGUCUCGCAAAUAGGAAGAACGUAGAUGAAUUUUCCAAUGGAAAGUAUCUCCGGUUUAGAUGAUAUUACAGCGGAACUUUGUUUAUUCGAACGAAAUUUUAACUGCCCGAUGAAUUGAAGUUUUGCUGGUUGAAUUUGUUUAUCUGGACACGAGCUGCUAUUACGCGAAAGAGAAACGAUAGGCAGCAAGGACAGUUGGCGAACUCCUAUUAUACGAACUCUAAUUAUAAUAAACUGUUUGUUCCGUUACAAGUUCAGAUAAAUGUAGUUCCAGUACGUAGUUAGAGAUACGUUAAUUUGGUAUUUGAAAGAAAUUUAAAAGUUGGGAAAUUUGUUCAAUUAUUCGGAACUGUGUACAUCCGAAUGACCAAAUUUUGGAAUUCUCAAGUUUCCGUAACUUUGCAUCUCCGAAUUCUUAGACUUGCAAAUUUGUUGAUUUUCGAAUUGCGCGUUGAAACUCUCAAAUUUUGGAUAUCUAAACUCUCCUUCGACAUUUUUUACAGUUUCAUAUUUUCAAGCUUUUCAAUUAUCUAAAAUUCUUCAAAUUUCAAGCUUUCAAAUCCUAAAAUCUCUAGAUCUCUAGCUCAUCGAAUCCCACGCGCUCAAAUUUCAAAGCAUCUAGUUGUGAGUUUCUAAAUUCCCAGUGUUCCCUAAUUUCACAAUCUCCAAGAUUCUGUGAGUCGUUCCGUUUUCAAAAAUUUUCUAAAUUCUCUUUGCCCAACUUCUACGCCACUCGCAUUCUCCUCGAAUAUCUUCGCGCUCUUCGAUCCGUGCGUUUCUAGGUUGUUUCAAAGUCGAUCAAAUGUCUAUGUAAAUUAAUAAAUCUCGAGAUAUGUGAAGAAUUACUUGUUACAAUCCCUGUUAAUCCUAUUCGCGAGAAACAGACGCAAUUUAUACGUCGGUGUUAUCCAAUGAUUCGCGGAAACCGUAAUUCCUGCUAUACAAUUACACGAGUACGUACGUAAAUUCGCUGGAGGAAGCCUCGUAUCGUUAGAUAAGAAUCAUAGCCUGUCGCGCAGGGAAUCGUGUAUAAUUUCUUGUACAAAAUGCCAAUUGAACGCAGUUUUAUCCAGAAGGAAUGAGAGAAAGAGACGAACAGAGAGAGAGAGAAUGAGAGAGAAAGAAUUUAAUAUAUUCUAUAAACGAAGCUUUAUAUAAAUGGUUAUAUAUAUACAUAUAUAUAUAUAUAAAAAUAUACAUAUAUAUACAUAAGAUAUUUCUAUAUAAACAGAUAAUAUAUGUAUACACUAAAGAAAACGUACACAAACACAUUUACGAAUCUACGAAAUAGACGACGAGGGAACGAUUGUCAUACCAUAGACUGUGGAUAUUUAUGGAAUUUCAUAUUUUUAUCACUCGAACGAUCAAGAAAUGGAUGAAGAAAUCUGUAAACAGAGAUUCGUACCACGAAACUAGAUAUUAUAAUUUUAUCGUGGACAUCUCGUAUAUUUUUGCACGUUGUAUGCAUUUUAAGAGUUGCUAUUCUUCCAAAUUUCUCGCAUUUCAUACUUUUAAAUAUAAAUGCCUAAAGAUCCGCAGGCUGAUCACACGCAAACAGACACGUACACGCAAAUAACUUUCGCUCGAUUUCAUUAUCGCGAAUCGACGAUCGAUUACCGAUUCGUAAAAUACAUUCGCAGCAUCUGUGUGCCCUGCACCAAAUAUAUGAUGUAUCGCGUGCAUUAUAUUAUUUAUCCGCAGAGACCAACUGUGUAUAUCUCGGUAUACGUGUCCUCGUGUUAGCUGUGCAACGACUUAUCCUAUUAUCCCGACGAGUAAAUGUCUUUACGCGAUUAUGGUGUGCCGCUGCCACGUGGACGCCGGUGCACGUGGUCGUUCGUCUAACUUCGAACGUUGUAUGACAAAUGAAUAAACACAUGUGACUUAA